AAUUUCUGACUGUUUUUUCGGUCAUGUCUAGUGCAUUGGUAACAUCCAAUGUGGACCACUCGACCCAAUUUUCUGGAUUGUUUGUGACAGAUCCUGUUAUCGUGGCAGAUGGAGUUGAUGUUGGACAAAAUACCACAUAUUUGUCGAAUCCGUACAGAUCUAUCCCAAAAGUAGGUUUUCCAAAUGAAGUGCGAUUGUCUUGCUGUGCAACAUAUGAUCCUUCCUCCCAUCCAUCAUUAGUAAAUAAUGGGACCGUAACACCAGCCUGCCGAGCAACUUUGGCCAAAUGUCGCAUAUCAUCUACCAGUCCAAGCGGGAUUCCUUUUAAUAGCUGAAAACUUUCGUUUUCAAUCUGUACCGCCAACACACACCCCCUUGGGUUAGUAGUGAUUUCAUGGCGAGCAAGAAUAGGUAAAAUGGCGUUGAACCACUCUGCACAGUAAGUUGAAAAUUGUGAAUCGUAUGAUCGAAACGCUGAUACUACCGAAUGCCUAAUGCAAAUAUUUCUUUUUGCAAUGAGCCAUUGCGGGAAUCCGCCCCCUUGAGUUUCUGCGCAAAUAUAUGGACCAGGAGCCGCCAAAACAAACAGGCCAAGAUCUUCACAGAUACACAGUAAAAAAUCCAAAUCUCUGUUUCCGUCAAAGAUGUAUGUACUUUGGUCUAAUAAAUAUAGAUAUUAGGAUUGGUAUUAGUCAAUGAUCUUCAAAAACAAAUUUCAUAAAUGCAUGGGUGGUCGAGUUCAAAU